UAUUGCAUAAUCACAACCGCAAAAUAUUGCAGGUAAACCAUGGCAGCAAUAAUCGCGACAUACCCACAAAGAAAGAUGGAGACCUCGUUCGAGAUCGAGGCAUCUGCCGAUGAAUUCUACAGCGUCUUCAAGAGCCAAGCCUUUCAUGUUCCUAAGCACGCUUCCAGUCAUAUGGAAGCUGUGGAUCUACAUGAAGGAGACUGGGAGUCACGCGGUUCUGUCAAGCUCUGGAAAUAUGUAGUAGGUGGGAAAACUGAGACGUUCAAGGAGAAGGUGGAAUUGGAUGAUGAGAAGAGGAUGGUAACUCUCGUAGGUUUGGAAGGAGAUGUUUUCAAGUAUUACACAAACUAUAAGGCUGUGUUUCAGGAGACUCCAAACGUUGGCAUCUGUGGCUAUUGCUUAUGAGAAACUCACAGAAGAUGUUCCAGCUCCAGAUCAUUACCUGGAAUAUAUGGUUGAACUUGCCAAGAAAAUUUCAGAAAGCCUUGUCAAAGCCUAAAAGAAAUCAAGGCUAUAUCUGUCUGCAUAUCGAUCACGUACAAGAACCCACUAAGCUCAUGGUUUGUGUGUUGUGUGUUCAAAUGGUUUGUGUGUUGCGUGUUCAUGGUGUUGUAUUCUUGUUUGUGAUUAAGCUUCAUAAUCGUAUAUCAUAAAGUUGUAGCCAAUGAUAAAUAAAGUGGAAGCUACCUGGUGCA